AUGAGUGAGGAUCAGGAACUAGAGCUGCGAGGCAAAUCAUUCUUUGAACUUAUACCUGGCGAAACACAAAGCAGCAUUUCCGCUCAUGGUGUUGGAGGAGACCAGCUUUUCCUCCUGGAAGGGACCAAUGUCAUCUUGAUUAAGAAGCAAGCGGCACUACAGUCUACGACUGCUGAAUUUAAGACUUCCCCAAGAGCAGCAGCGUUGCUCGAGGAUAGCCUCUCAGCUCUGGCUGCUCCAACAACGGUCCAUUUUAAUGAGGAAAACUGGGUUGAUACCGUUUGCGAGGAGCUUACGUUGCAGAGAUCGCUCUGA